GAUGUCUGAAAUUUUUUGAAUUAUUUUGCUAUAUCCUCUCUUUCCCACUUUCUGCAGGCUGAUCAAAAAUUGGAAGAUCAUGUCAGAAUAUCAUGAAACACAACAUCAAAUCAUGUCAGAAGUGAAAUGGCUCAAGUGUUCAUCUUAUGGAAAGUCACACCAGCAUGCAACUCAAACGCUUCAAGUAGGACUUCAAAAUUGGCGUGCUUGCUUUGGUCAAUAUGUUUGUUCAGUCAACAAAAAAGUCCUAAGUGAAUCAUAAGAAAAUCAUAUAAUCACAAUCUAUUAAACUCAUAAGUAAAAUCUUGUAAUUACCAAAUCGUGCUGAAAUUCAUUACAAUAAAAUCCUGCGAUUGCAAUCUAUUAAAAUCGCAAUUGAAUACACCCUCCUUAGAAACCUAUUCAUUUUUUCACGUUUUCACGUUUUCUUCUCUUUGGGCGCCGCACUCUUCCGUUCUGCAAUCUCCGCUUCUCGACUUGGCUUUCUUGCACUCUCUACCCUUCCGCUUUCAUCUCAUGCUCGAUUUCCCCGGUUCAGUUCUUUCUCGGCCAAAUAGACAUCUCUAGACUAGUUCUGUCCAACUCUCAAACAGUCACAGCUUUGCCUCUUCUUCUCUGUCACUGUAAGUUGUGAGAGCCUUGCACUUCAAAUCCAUCCAAGCUUUUGAAUUUGCUCUGAAGAAACAGCAACAAGAUCUGCAUAUUUACUCUGCAUGAGGAGCCCUGCAUACAAACACAGCCGGCCAUUUUUCCUCAUCUCUUCGCUCGUAUUGUGAGAAUAAUUGUAUAUAUUUGAAGUUUUGCUAACCGGAAGAGGUGGUUGUGGUGGAUCGAGUCGGAUCGACGCAGAUCGAACAAAAUCAAAUGGUAUUGGUCGGUGCGUGAUGGCGGAGGACAAUUGCAACUCAGCAGAGAAGAUUCUAAAGGAGUUUCAUGAGAUUGAAUCCAAUCCCUCCGACGAUUUCAAGUGCGCCCUGCGCGAUUGGAACAUAUAUGAAUGGCAAUUUGCACUCAGAGGCCCUAGUGGAACUGAAUUCGAGGGUGGGAUUUAUCAUGGGCGGAUCAAGUUUCCGGAGGAAUACCCGUCGAAGCCUCCUUCAUUCAUGUUUCUGACGGAAAAUGGAUGCUUCAAAACCCAAAGGGACAUCUGCUCAAGCCGAUUUUUGAAAUGGCAGUCAUCAUGGACGGUGCGAUAUGCUUUACUUGCACUUAUUGAUUUAAUGCCCACCUACCCAGAUGAUGAAUUGUGUUCAUUAGAAUGCAUUAAGGAAGGAAGGCGUGUCCUGGCCCUCAAAUCGCGUGGAGCAGCCACAACAUAUGGAUCUUCUGAAUGUCAGAAGGUAAUUGAUCAGAUUCAUCAAUAUAGCACCCAACGGCACAAGCGGCGGCUCUGAGCCCUCACAGGCCUCCAAUGGCACAGGCGGCGUCUCUGUCGCCUACAACAUUAGUCAGAUUACAGUUCAUUCUACCGAUUCCCACAAUGUUGGAAUUUUUGGUUUUAUGAAUGAGGCCUGCAUCAGGGGCGGAGGCACAUUGGGACCAGUUUUGGCCCGGACUCCCAUUGUACAGGAGUAUAGAGAGAUUGAAUCCAAUCCCUCCGACGAUUUCAAGUGUGGCAUUUUCGAGCAUGAGAUGAAAGCGGAAGGCACCCAACGGCACAGGCGGCGUCACUCUCGUGUUGAACGUUAUUGGGGAUACCUUUAAUGGUACCAAUUCCGACAGGGUUGGAAUAUUGGGUUCUAUGAAUGUGGCCUUCAUCUGGGGCGGGGAGGGGCGGAGCGAGCACAUUGGGACCGGGCUCCCCACUCAUAGUCAUAGUUUUUUUAUAUUAAAAUGUGGUUCCGAUUCCGAUGUGAAAGCCCAAUUUACAUCAUUGUGUGUUGAUGUCCAAUGAGCCCCAGUUUUUUACGGGCUUAAUACAAAUUUUGAAUUAUGAACCUGGUAAUUUACUAAUUUCAUCGUGUAACCCACCUUUUAUGACCUUUUAUUGACUUUGACUGGACUGUGAAGAUUCUAAAGAA